UGCACCAUACAGCUUUAAAACUCAAUUUAAUAAACCUGUAGUAGUAUUGUCAUUUCAAAUAUUAUAUCAGAAGCAGCAAAUUGAACAUUUCACUUCAGUCUUCAGAGAGUCGAGGUCGGUAGCAGAUUAGAAACGUGAAUACAAAAUACCGUCGUAGAACUCGGUAGUUUAUCCGUGGUGAUGUAACAAUAAUAAGAUCUGCGCAACAAGUUGGCUAUUCAAAUUUACGCAAAGUAGAACAUGCUUAUUACUUCUAUCGAAUGCGAAUGAAACAAUCAUAAAGUAUUGUUUUUCAACAAUAAAAAGACCUAAAUUAAGUUAUAUCAGCUCAACCAAGCAUGGCGUGUCCACUGUUCUGUCUGGUUGUCUUUCUGUCGCUUAGCGCACUUCAGCUGAUAACGUAUUGCAAAGCAACGCUAAUCGAGCCCUUCUCUGUAUCGGUCAAUCGUAACCUGAAGGAUGGCGACACCUUUUGGCACGUCAAGUACGAUCCGGAGAACAUACAAAUACACAUGAAUACUAUGGCCAACAUAAGCCUGCGAAUCGAGGGCUUCAGUGCAGAUCAGUUGAGUGACUAUGCAACUGUCCAAUUAAGAAGUGAACGGGACCACGUGGCAACAGUACCUGAUGGACAAAUCAAAGUGGUGGAAAUAGCAAAUAAUGGCAGCUUUGAAGGAGGAUUUAACAUUUCGGCGGUCUUCUUGGGGUCGACCAAUCUGUACGUUGAAGUGAGGACAAAAAGUAACCAAACAGUGGAAUCGAGUGAGAAGCUGCCGGUGACCGUUAUUCGAGAGGAACGAGCAAUCGACCACAUAUUCACCGGAUCGGUUGCUGUGCUCGUGUGCGUGCUGUAUAUUAAUUUUGGUGCCGCGAUGGACCUUCCCACGGUGAAAGCGAUCUUAGUAAGACCAAUAGGACCAAUCAUUGGAUUUUUCUCGCAAUUUCUAUUCAUGCCUUUGCUGAGUUACGGUUUAGGAUUGCUACUUUUCCCGGAUAACUUCGAGAUGCAGCUUGGUCUGUUCUUUACCGGAGUAUCUCCCGGUGGUGGUGCAUCGAACAUCUGGACUGUACUUCUGGGAGCCAAUCUGAAUCUUUCGUUAGCCAUGACGACAAUAAGUACUUUGGCCGCAUUCGGUAUGAUGCCGUUAUGGAUUUUCACACUUGGCCGACAGAUUUUCGACCGCGGAAACCUUGUCGUGCCGUAUAAGAACUUGGCUACUUUUGCCGUAGGACUUAUCAUUCCGUUGGGAAUAGGACUGCUGUCACAACGCUACACGCCGCGAAUUGCACGAAUUCUGGUGAGAAUUCUGAAGCCAAUGUCCGCUCUGUUGAUUAUAUUUAUCGUGGUCUUUGCCAUCGUUACCAACCUUUAUCUAUUUGAACUGUUCUCGUGGCAAAUCAUCGCCGCUGGACUCGGCCUUCCCUGGAUUGGAUAUCUAUUUGGAUUUUUGGCAAGUAAAACGGCUCGGCUACCCACAGCUGAUGCAUUGGCCAUUUCAGUAGAAACGGGAAUUCAAAAUACCGGAAUUGCCAUUUUCUUGCUUCGAUUCUCUUUACCUCAACCGGCGGCGGAUUUGACUACGGUUGUUCCAGUGUCGGCUGCCAUUAUGACACCAGUACCGCUAUUGAUACUUUACCUGUGCUUGAAACUGCGAGAGAAGUGUGCGGUACGUCAAUUUGAGAUGAUGCCAAAAAGUCCCACCGAUGAAUCGUUGACCAAGGAUCAGUCCAGUAAUUGAAAGUUUUUUUUAUAUGUUUACAAAUAUUUGUUAUACAUGUUUUAGAGAAGUAUUAAUGGUGAUAGAUAUUAUACUUAGCUACUGAAAAGGAAUGAUAACACGUUCCAUUCAAUAU